AUGCCGAAAUUUUUGAAUGGUCUCUACAAUAGCAAUGGCAUAACACCCGAACUUGUCGAGUCGCAACCCCAACUACUAUCCAGUUCUUACAAAAAUAAGCGUCAACACGGCAGAUUCUGGAUAUUUUCCAUGAUAAUCGAACGCGCAACCUCGGCGGGCAGUAAGCGGGCGGAGAUUGAGGACGACGACACACCGCUCGAGUCCAUACUGAAGCCGGAGCCAAGUGAACAAGUUUGUCAGCUGCGAGAUAGUCCCUAUAGGAUAUUGAGGGCAGCUGAAUCAGGAAAUUUGGAUGAGUUUAAGCGGCUUUAUCAGUCGGAUAAUGCACGUUUGUCGAUAAGGGAUAGCAAGGGGCGCACAGCAGCACACCAGGCAGCGGCACGAAAUCGUGUGAAUAUUUUGCGUUACAUAAAUGAUCAGCGUGCAGAUCUCAACGCUAAAGACAAUGCGGGCAACACGCCGCUGCAUGUGGCAGUUGAGAAUAAUUCGUUCGAUGCACUUAGUUAUCUACUGUCUAUACCCGUCGAUACCGGCCUACUCAACGAGAAGAAACAGGCGCCAAUUCAUCUAGCAACUGAAUUGAAUAAUGUGCAGGCACUACGAGUUAUGGGCAGAUACCGCAAGGAAAUCGAUAUAAAGCAAGGCGGCGAACAUGGGCGUACAGCUUUGCACUUGGCCGCCAUUUAUGAUCACGAGGAGUGCGCUAGAAUACUGAUAACCGAAUUCGAAGCAUGUCCCCGCACACCUUGCAACAACGGUUAUUAUCCCAUACACGAAGCGGCUAAGAAUGCCAGCUCCAGAACGAUGGAGGUCUUCUUGCAGUGGGGCGAGCAACGCGGCCGUCUGCGCGAGGAAAUGAUGUCCUUCUUCGAUUCUGAGGGCAAUGUGCCGCUACACUCGGCUGUGCAUGGCGGCGAUAUCAAGGCGGUGGAGCUCUGCUUGAAGUCGGGCGCUAAAAUUUCUAAGCAGCAACAUGAUCGCUCGACGCCAGUGCAUUUGGCUUGCGCACAGGGUGCCAUCGAAAUCGUCAAACUUAUGUUCAGCAUGCAACCGUCGGAGAAGAUUACUUGCCUCAGCUGCACUGACGCUCAGAAGAUGACACCACUACACUGCGCUGCCAUGUUUGAUCACCCAGAUAUUGUCGAGUACUUGGUGAAGGAGGGCGCUGACAUUAAUGCACUAGACAAAGAACAUCGUUCACCGAUUUUGCUCGCCGCAUCGCGCAGCGGCUGGAAAACUGUACAUCUGCUAAUACGUCUCGGCGCUGGUAUUAAUGUCAAGGAUGCAUCUGCACGCAACGUCUUGCACUUUGUGAUCAUGAAUGGCGGCCGUCUACCAGAGUUUGCCGAGGAAGUGAACAAGACACAAUCACAUUCUCAACUUGUGCAGCUGCUGAACGAAAAAGAUGCCUCAGGCUGUUCGCCAUUACACUAUGCGAGUCGUGAUGGGCAUAUACGUUCGCUGGAGAAUCUAAUACGACUCGGGGCUUGCAUUAAUCUCAAGAAUAACAAUAAUGAGAGUCCAUUGCAUUUUGCCGCACGUUAUGGACGUUUUAAUACCGUCAAACAGUUACUUGAUUCGGAGAAGGGUUCUUUCAUAAUCAACGAAAGUGAUGGCGAGGGUUUGACACCGCUACAUAUCGCCUCACAACAGGGUCACACACGUGUGGUGCAAUUGCUGUUAAAUCGGGGCGCGCUCUUGCAUCGUGAUCAUAAUGGACGUAAUCCUUUGCAUUUGGCUGCGAUGUCCGGUUACAUACAGACAAUUGAAUUGUUGCAUUCGGUACAUUCACAUCUGCUCGAUCAGGUCGACAAAGAAGGCAAUACCGCACUUCACUUGGCCACAAUGGAGAAUAAACCGCAUGCCAUCUCCGUGCUACUCUCAAUGGGCUGUAAACUCUUCUACAACAACAUCGACAUGAGCGCCAUCGAUUAUGCCAUCUAUUACAAAUAUCCCGAAUCAGCGUUGGCUAUGGUAACACAUGAGAAUCGCGCCAAUGAGGUGAUGGCAUUGCGUUCCGACAAGUAUCCCUGUGUUAUACUUGCACUAAUCGCAUCCAUGCCAAAGGUGUUCGAGGCUGUGCUCGAUAAAUGCAUCACAAAGGCGAAUUGCAAGCGUGAUUCUAAGAGUUUCUACAUAAAAUAUUCGUUUUCCUAUCUGCAAUGUCCUUUUAUGUUUGAUAAAUUGGAUGAGAAAACCGACGAAGCGAUAGCUCAUUCGAAUUUGACACCAUUGCCGGCGUUAAAUACGAUGGUCACGCAUGGUCGUGUCGAGCUGCUCGCCCAUCCGCUGAGUCAAAAAUAUCUACAAAUGAAAUGGAAUUCUUACGGCAAAUAUUUUCAUCUCGUCAAUUUGCUGAUCUACUCAAUUUUCCUGUUAUUUGUGACGAUUUUCUCCACAUUGAUGAUGAACGGCAUCGAAAUUCGUCCGUUAUUUUUGAAUGCGUCCAUUGUGGAUAAUGCAAAUGCAUCGCAGAGCAAUGACGGCAAUUUAGACCUCCAAAAGAACCUCAGCAACAAUGAUUGGCCUGAAAACCCCGCCGGUGGAGGSCGCGAAUCGUUUGGAGUGAGGUAUGGCGAGUCUUACGAGCGUCUACAACAUACCACCGCUUUGGUCAUUUGCGCCAUUGUAAUUGUCAUUUAUAUUGGCGGUUAUUCGCUGCGUGAGUUUCUCCAAAUGUACCAACAACGGCUGCACUACAUAUUCGAGAUCGACAAUUUAAUAUCAUGGGUUCUAUACAUAUCCGCAUUGAUCAUGGUAUGGCCAGUUUUCUUUUGCGGGGGCAAUAUAUCCACCGUACACUACUCAGCGGCGGCGGUGGCGGUGUUCUUGUCCUGGUUUCGUCUUUUGCUUAUGCUCCAGCGCUUCGAUCAAGUCGGCAUUUAUGUGGUGAUGUUCUUGGAGAUUCUGCAAACUCUCAUAAAAGUGCUGAUCGUCUUUUCGAUUCUGAUCAUCGCUUUCGGCUUGGCAUUUUACAUUCUCUUAUCGAAGAUCAACGAUGCCCAACCGAAUCAUUUGUCCUUCUCGAACAUACCGAUGUCACUGUUGCGCACCUUCUCCAUGAUGUUAGGCGAACUGGACUUUGUGGGCACCUAUGUUAACACCUACUACCGUGAUCAAUUGAAGGUGCCAAUAACGUCGUUUCUCAUUUUGUGUGUAUUCAUGAUUCUCAUGCCAAUUCUACUCAUGAAUCUACUCAUCGGUUUGGCGGUAGGCGACAUCGAGUCUGUACGACGUAACGCCCAGCUCAAGCGUUUGGCUAUGCAGGUGGUCUUGCAUACCGAGCUGGAGCGGAAAUUACCUCAAAGUUGGCUACCGAAAGGCGACAAAGUCGAGUUGAUAGAGUAUCCAAAUAACACAAAGUGCAAAAUCGGUUUCCUUGACUUUAUUCUACGCAAAUGGUUCUCAAAUCCCUUCAGCGAAGAUUCUUCAAUAGAUACGAUCUCUUUCGAGAACAACGAUGAUUUCAUCAACAAUGAAUUGGAGCGACAACGUCGUAAAUUACGGGACAUUUCACGUCUAAUGGAUCAGCAGCAUCAACUCUUGCGCUUGAUCGUGCAGAAAAUGGAAAUCAAAACCGAGGCGGACGAUGUGGACGAAGGUGUAUCGCCCUACGAUCUAAAAGCUGUUUCAAUUUAUGGCACGGGACCGGCGCCAGGCUCACGUUGGACCUCGCCACGCAUACGCAAUCGGCUGCGAGCGGCGCUAAGCUUCAACAAAAGCCUUUAUGAAUAAAAGUCGACGAGACAUAGAAAAAUAUGAAAUGAAAAAUUAUAGCAUUAAUUUGUUGUAUCUAAGAUAAAGAUGAGAUUGUUUAUUAGCACUGACACCAAAUAACAAUCUUUAGAAAAUGCCACAAGAGUUGAAAUGCAUAUUUAUCAUAUGAAUUAUAUAAUUGCAUAUUGUAAACUACUGCUAUAUGAGCCUGUUCAAGAAAAGUGUAUUUCAAAACGAAUUCUAACCUAAAAUUUCGCACUCUCCAACUAUGGAAAAUGAAAAAUAAGUUGUAUA